AUGGGGAAAACUCAACUGGCUCCUGGGUUUCGGUUUCAUCCUACUGAUGUUGAGCUUGUGAGAUAUUACUUGAAGAGGAAAGUGUUGGGGAAGAGGCUACUUGUUGAUGCCAUUGCUGAAGUUGACAUUUACAAGUUUGAACCCUCUGAUUUACCUGAUAUGUCCUUUAUAAGGAGUGGGGAUCUUAAGUGGCAUUUCUUCUGCCCAAGGGAAAUGAAAUAUGCUACUGGUGUUAGGGCAAACCGUGCAACUGGAUGUGGUUACUGGAAGACCACCGGGAAGGAGAGAGCUGUUCUCUGCAAUGAUGAAGUUGUGGGAAAGAUUAAGACUCUGGUCUAUCAUUUUGGUAAGUCGCCUCGUGGGGAGCGUACUGAUUGGGUUAUGCAUGAAUACAGGCUUGAAGACAAGGCACUGACCGAGAAGAGUAUUCCUCAGGAUACAUAUGUGGUGUGUGUUCUAUUCAAGAAAGAUGGACCCGGACCUAGAAACGGGGCUCAAUAUGGAGCUCCAUUUAAAGAAGAGGAUUGGAGUGAUGAAGAAGGACGUACUGGUGUUCCUGAAUCCAACAAUCCCUCAAACAUUCAUGGUCCUAACAAAGAAAACAGUCUGGUUGUGACGGCCUCGCAUGACCCUACGAAGGAUUGUUUCGUUGGCAUGAUAUCAGAAUCGUGCGUCUCUGAUGUCCAACUCACAGCUUCUAGCAGUAGGCUUCCACCUCCGAGCGACGAAGCUAACACUCCUCUGUCUGCUGCACCUCUUCUUAAUGUCACAGCCACUCAGGCAGAGACCCUUCAGACUCCUGCUCCCAACACCAACUAUGAUGACUUGUAUUCAAUGUUGGAUCUGUUUGUUGAUGAGGACGAGUACUUGCGUUUCUGUGGAGCCAACAACAACGAGGUAAGACAUGAGCCCUGUGUCACAGCUCCGGUUUGCUUUGAAGAGGGCAUAUUCAGCGAACUACCAGACUUGACCAAUACCAACAACAUGCCAAGGACACACUCAUACGACCUAGUCGAAAACUCGGAGUUAUACUUAGAGCUACAAGAUCUCACUGCUCCAUUAGCACCUCAACUUGGGAAUCAUUUCGAUGACUCGAGAAACUCCUACCAAGGCCACAACUUUGGCCUCUCUGCUGCUGCUAAUGAUGAUCCUUAUGACAUUGCUGCUUUCAUGGGACAUGGACCAGACAUGUGA